UUUCUUCAUAAAUCCAAAGUCAGUGAGAUAUCCAUUCGCAUAUCAGUGCUAUAUAGCAACAUUUACAGAUCCGAUCUAACUUUUUAGGUUUUGAGGAUUAAUUCAGUGAAGAUGAAGGUGAUAGAGAAGAUCCAGGAGGCGGCGCGUGCGAAUGACGAUCGGGUGGUGUUCUCGUUCGAGUUCUUCCCGCCGAAGACGGAGGACGGCGUGGACAACCUGUUCGAGAGGAUGGAGCGGAUGGUGGUGCACAACCCUACAUUCUGCGACAUCACGUGGGGCGCCGGCGGAUCCACGGCGGAUCUGACUCUGGAGAUCGCCAACCGCAUGCAGAACAUGGUGUGCGUCGAGACCAUGAUGCACCUCACCUGCACCAACAUGCCCGUCGAGAAGAUCGACCACGCCUUGGCCUCCAUCAAGUCUAACGGCAUCCAGAAUGUUCUCGCUCUGCGUGGCGACCCGCCUCACGGCCAGGACAAGUUCGUCCAAGUCGAGGGAGGGCUCGCUUGCGCACUCGACCUGGUCAAGCAUAUCCGUUCUGAAUAUGGUGACUACUUUGGGAUUACUGUUGCUGGUUAUCCAGAGGGACACCCUGAUGUUAUUCAGGAGGGAGGGGCAUCGGCAGAGGCAUAUCAAAGUGAUCUUGCUUAUCUCAAGAAAAAGGUUGAUGCUGGAGCUGAUGUGAUUGUAACUCAACUCUUCUAUGAUACUGACAUUUUCCUCAAAUUUGUCGAUGACUGUCGUCAAAUUGGAAUAACCUGUCCCAUUGUGCCUGGUAUUAUGCCCAUUAAUAAUUACAAGGGCUUCCUUCGCAUGACUGGUUUCUGCAAAACUAAGAUUCCAGCAGAGAUUAUGGCUGCCUUGGAACCUAUCAAGGAUAAUGAAGAAGCUGUCAGGGCUUAUGGAAUUCACCAAGGAACAGAAAUGUGCAAGAAAAUUAUUGCCAGUGGGAUCAAAACUGUACAUCUCUACACAUUAAACAUGGAUAAAUCUGCAUUGGCAAUAUUGAUGAACCUUGGGCUGAUUGAGGAAUCCAAAAUUUCAAGAUCUUUGCCAUGGAGACGUCCAGCAAAUUAUUUCCGUGUAAAAGAAGAUGUUCGUCCCAUAUUCUGGGCUAAUCGUCCCAAAAGCUAUAUCUCACGUACUAUUGGUUGGGACCAAUUCCCACAUGGUAGAUGGGGAGAUUCUCGAAAUGCAUCAUAUGGAGCUCUCACUGAUUACCAGUUCAUGAAGCCUCGUUCGCGUGAUAAGAAACUCAACGAAGAAUGGGCCGUUCCUUUGAAAAAUGUUGAAGAUAUUUAUGAGAAAUUCGUGAAGUUCUGCCUCGGGAAACUCAAAAGCAGUCCAUGGUCUGACCUAGACGGGCUUCAGCCAGAGACUAAAGUGAUUAACGAACAGCUGGGUAGCAUUAACUUGAAAGGCUUUCUCACUAUCAACAGCCAACCAGCUGUUAAUGGAGCCCGCUCUGACUCCCCGUCUGUUGGAUGGGGUGGGCCAGGUGGAUAUGUCUACCAGAAGGCAUACUUAGAAUUUUUCUGCUCCAAGGAUAGUUUGAAUGCUCUAGUCAAUAACUGCAAACUCUUCCCAUCUCUUACCUACAUGGCUGUGAACAAAGAAGGAAAUUGGAUAUCUAACGCAAACAAAACCGAUGUGAAUGCUGUCACUUGGGGAGUUUUCCCUGCAAAGGAAAUCGUCCAGCCUACUGUUGUGGACCCCGCAAGUUUCAUGAUAUGGAAAGACGAAGCCUUUGCUAUAUGGUCCCCGGGAUGGGCUAAACGCUACCCAGAGGCUGACCCUUCCAAGAAAUUACUCGAGGAGGUGGAGAGCAGCUAUUACUUGGUCAGCUUGGUCGAUAAUGACUACGUUGGUGGAGAUCUGUUUGCUGUUUUUAAAAACAUUUGAAAUGGUUUAAAAUCACGUCUUUUUCUUUUUCACCCCUUCUUUAUUUAUGUAUUAUUGUUCUGCUGUAUUCAUCAGAGUCAUUCAUUAUACGUACCUCCCUUUCGAGUUAUAAUUUACUACCCCGUGUAGCUCUAUGUUAUUUACAUUACAUGGGAUUUUUGAUGUAAAACUAAACCCUACAUUUUUCGUAUUUGUUUUUGAAUUUUACACGCAUAGGCUAAUGUGAAGCCUUGGUUGUGUGAUUCAAGUGAUGAAAUUUCAAUAAUAGUUUCAAGUGUUAAUA